AACUCGUUCCAGCAAGAAAAAAAAAUUAAUGAGACGUUUCCCUCUUGUGGGUGGGCAAAAGGUUACGCGCACACCCCAGGAUUGGAACACUUUAAAGGAGGAGAUCCAAACGAAAUGUAUAGCCUAUGAUUACGUGGAUGCUGCGGACGUCACCUUGUCUGAUUUUAUCAUCGAAUUACUCAAACUCGGCAAACAACCAAGCGAAUUGAAUUCAGAAUUACAGAACUUGGUUGGGUCUGAUUACGACACCUACUUGACGGAAUGGAUCUUUAACAGAGUUGGAGAACUUGAAAAUGUAAAACCGGAACCGGAAGCACAACCGGAAGCACAAGCUAUGGAGGUUGAACCAAAGACCAUAAAAGUAGAGAGACAGAACAGAAUUUUUGCUCAGGCCAUCAGCAGCGUUAGCUCUACACGAAACAAUAAUUCCGAAUCACCCAGUAGAGCGUUGCCAGUUUCUUCUCGCCGUCCAUUAGAACGGUCCCGCUCGCGCUCUCCAAUUCGCCAACGUCGUCAGCGAAGAACAUCAGAAAAUGAAAGCACAAAUGUAUUUUCACGUUUAGGAGGACCUCAACGACGUGAAUCCCCAUCAACAUCUGCCUUGGAGACAGCAUCUACCAAUGGCUCCGUAUUUGAUCGCCUGGGAAGUUCUCGGAUUCAGCGUUCGAGCCGUAUACAAAACGAUUUUGAUGAGGAUAUGGAUAUGGAGGAACAUAUUACUAUCAAUGAUCGUCCAAAAGAACGAUGCAAAUACUGGCCAUCCUGCAGACAAGGGGAACAAUGUACCUACUUUCAUCCAAAGACCAUUUGCCCAGAUUUCCCUCGUUGUCCUAAACCUGCCAACGAAUGUAUGUUUAUUCACCCAGAAACACAACAAAAACCACCAGCACUUCCAUUAUUACAACAGCAGCAGCAACAGCAACAGCAGCAGCAACAGCACAUGGCUAGCGUAAAGAUGGCCAUACCAUGUCGAUUCUAUCCUUACUGCACAAACCCUGUCUGUCCAUUUGUGCAUCCUGCAACUCCUGUUCCAGUAACCCCAAGCCAAAGAAUCCCAAUACCUUGCAACAAUGGUGCAGAAUGUAAAAGACCCGAUUGCCACUUCACACAUCCUAGCGACUCUACUGCAGAGAUAAUCUGUAAAUACGAUGGCAUCUGCACACGGCCAAAGUGCUUCUACAAACACACCAUCAAAACACCUAUCAAACCUAUCCACGCCAAUAUGACCCUUCGAACCAACAACAGCAGUAAUGACACUCCAACAAAUCAACGACAAUUUUCUGUCUCGGAGGUUUCUGAACGUAUUGUGCUUGGUGAGAGUGCAGAUCUGAUUAAAUCUCGAGUUACCGAGGAUAUAGACAUUAAGGAUGUAGUAACUGACGAAUAAAGAAGAAGAGCUAAAGAAAACAAAACUGGAUAAGAAAAAGGAAGCGGAAAAAGGAAGAGGAGAAAUACUAUUUAAAACCAAAUUAGAUAUAUAUAUAUAUAUAUACAUCUUUAGAUAUUUAUAUACACUAUUUCCUGAAAACAAUGUCGAAAAAUCCGAAAAUCUAUAAUACAAAUAUACAAAAUCAGACAUGUUGACGCUACAUAACCUGCAGGAAAUGGUGUAUAUGUAAACUUAUAUAGAUAUCUAUACGUAUUUAUUUAUAUUAUUAUGAUCUCAAGCUACAAAAAAGAACUCGUACACAAUAAUCCAAACCAAUAAACCAUUCAUAUUGCAUAGAAG